GAUUGAUUAAGGGUUCGUUUCAGAUGGCUGUGAUUUGUACUAUUCAUAGCUUAUUCUUUUUAGCACUUCUUUGACAUUGAGCACAUUUCUACAUUUCAAGUUUGUGGGAAAUCCAUUUCAGCGUAUCUAGCAUUGACAGAGACAUUUCACCCUCUGCAAUCUGUUUGGGAUCAACAAAAAAUGAGCAACACAAAACUAUAUGGAUUUAAUAGCUAUACUCUACCUGACCUUGUGAUGCCAGUGGACCUCACCAUGCAUAUGCAGAAAAGCCCACCAGUGUCUCAGCUGCUUGGGAUGUCCACACUUAGAUCCUUUCCACCCAAGGACAUGAGUGUGUCCUCACAGGAGCUUCAUCUAGCCAGAUCUUUAACUCCAUCACCUACAACUUCCCUGUCCUCAUACAGCUCCGGCAGUUCUCUCUCCUCGUAUUCUUCUCACAGAAACACACCACGCAAGAAGAAGAAUGUAGUGUUUGCUGAUGCUAAGGGUCUCCCUCUCACAUCCGUACGCAUCUUCAUCACUGACCCUUUAGAGACUGAAAUGGAAGAUCUUCCACAGCCUGAGGAGAUGUUGAAGGUCCGGUCAUCCAAGCAGAGUGGGAGACUGCGACUGAAGCUUGGAUUUCCACAGCCAAUUGUUGACCGUCAAAGCUUGCAGGAAACUCUAGUGCAACUAGAGAGCUGUAUUGUGACUGAGAGGGCUCUGAGUGGUAUGGUACGGGUAUGCAACCUUAACAUUGAUAAGGCUGUCUUUGUUCGCAUAACUUUUAACUCAUGGCGGAGCCAUCAAGAUAUACCCUGCAAGUGUGUGAGAGAACCACAUGCAGCUUUGGAGACGGAUUUAUUUGCCUUUAAUGUGUCCCUACCAUCCGUGCUGGACCCAAAAGAGCGUCUGGAGUUCUUUGUGGUAUUCCGACCUGGAAAUAGCAACUUGCAGCUCCUGGAUAACAACAGAGGUAAAAACUACCAGAUCUAUGUUGAACCUCAUGUUGAACCUCAGUUGGUGCAUACAGCAAACAGACAUAACUUUGUUUCACCAAGUCCACAACGGCCUGCAGUCAGAGGUCAUAAUGUACCUAGGAUAAACUAUUUAGCAUGCAAAAGUCCCUCCACCUUAAAUAGAACCUGGGGAAGAAUGGUGAAUGUAGCUCCAUUGUGUUGAGAUGUGCAGUCCACAUAUCUACUUGAACUCUUUUAGCACGCACUGUAGUAGUUACAGAUUCAACAAAGAACAUGGAGAAUGGCUGAAAAAUACAUCCCAAAGCUGCACUUGAAUUUACUUGAAUUAACUAUGAAUGGACUGACGCUAUCUUCUCAUCUUGUGUUUGAUAGUUUGCACAUACUGUUGAAGAAGUAAAAUGUGAAUGUUUACUAUGAUAUUUAUAUUAUGAUAAAUAUUUGUAAGUCAGUUUUAAUUUGCACAUUUGACAUUUCUUUUGUAAUUACAGUUUUUCUCAAUCGCUUUGGCUCAUUUGUUGAAAAAGUCUUAACAUUCUCUAAACUGUAAGUGCAAUUGUCAACACAUUUGUGGGGAAAAAACAACUCUGUUGCAUGUCUGCAAAAUGUAGUAACUCACCCAAAACAUUUAUUUCAUGCUUCAAAACCUUGUUAUGUGUGCCAAUGGCACCAAAACUGAAUGUUUUUUCACCAUGGCAGUCAACCUGGAAAUAUUUGUUCUAUACAAAUUUCAAAAAACUUUUUUGUUGACUGACUGCUUACUGUACUAUACAAGAAAGUCAGUUUUGUCUAGCUGAAUGCUAUUGUGCAUUACACUGAGCUUUUUAGAUACCAAUUUCAACAGUGGGUAAAGGUUAACUGGGAAAAGUCCAUACUGUACAAUACUGUAGUACACAGAAAAGGAUUUGUAUGUAUAGAGUACAUUUAUUUUUGUAUCAAUGUAUUACAUGUAAACAGAAAUUGCACAUUUGCACCUCCAUUUAUACACAUUUCUUACAUGUUAAGUCAGAUAUAGUGAACAGAAAAUAUGUAUGUCUGACAGAUUUUGAUAAUUGAAUAAGUUUACUUACACUUGCAAUUUGCUUAAAUGAAUAAGAAAUUCAAAUCUGGUGUGAAAAGAAUCUAAUUGUUCAGAGAUUUGAACUUAUUGUUUUGAAAAGCAUUAUUCUCAUUCAAGAAUAGAGCCAAAGCGAUUGAGAAAAACUGUAAUUGUGUUCAACUGUAAGAAUGCAAAUAUUGCAUUUUUGGGGGGAAACACUGGCUUGCUUCCCUUAUUUUCACCUGCACACACUCCCUUUAAUUUGUCUGAAGAGAUUCAUUGGUGAGUAAAAGUGAUGUAAAGACAUGUAAAGGAUAAGUGUUUGUGAAAUCCUUUGUAUAUACUGUAUAUAUAGUUAUGUAUUUAUUUUUGAACUCUCAUUAAAUAAGAAAAGAACAAGAACAACGUUUGUAUGAUUUAUAUUACUU